AUGGCAUUGGUUUUCAGAUUUGUGGAUAAAGAUGGCAUUUUGCAAGAGCGAUUCUUUGACUUAAUACAUGUGACAAGCACCAAAGCCGCAACACUUAAAGAGGUAUUGAGCUCUGUGUUAUCCCAAAAUGCUUUUGAUGUUCAAAACCUUCGUGGCCAGGGGUAUGAUGGGGCUAGUAAUAUGAGAGGAGAGUUCAAUGGAUUGCAGGCUCUUUUUCUCCGAGAAUGCCCAUAUGCAUAUUAUGUCCAUUUCUAUGCUCAUCGUUUGCAACUAGCGCUAGUUGGUGCAUCCAAGGAAGUGGUCCCUGUGGCUCAGUUUUUUCAGAAACUUCUGUUUAUUGUUAACACUGUUGACUCCUCCGCGAAGCGCCAUGACGAGAUUCAUGAUGCUCAGUUGGAUGAACUUGCUCGGUUACUAGCUAUUGAUGAGAUUGAAACUGGGCAAGCUUCAGAUGGAUCAGCUGGCUCAAUUCGUGCAGAUGGAGAUACCGCUUUCAUCUACUUGUCCUCUUUUGAGUUCAUACUUGUCUUAUGUUUGAUGCAAGAGAUACUAGAGAUUACUGAGGAUCUUGGCCAAGCUUUGCAAAAGAAGUCACAAGACAUUGUAAAUGCCAUGCGCCUAGUUUUCUCAACAAAGAUUUGGAGGAAACUUAUAUUCUACGCGGUGGUCGUGCUCGUCGCCAACCUGAUUGUUUCACUAAGGAGCAUUAUUUUCGAGUGGAAAUCUUUCAAGGCUGAUGAUAUUUGUGAGAUGGUAAAGAAAUAUUAUCCAUCUGAUUUCACUCAACAAGAAAUUUAUGGCCUAGAGCAACAACUCAAACACUUCGUUGUGGAUGCUUCUAAUGACAAGGAGUUGAAAAAUAUUGUUAAGACAAGGUUGCGCAAUAAGAUGGAGGACGAGUUUCUUGCCAACAGUUUGCUAGUCAACAUAGAGAGGGAAAUUGCUGAAAAGUACAACUACGAGGAUAUUCUUGAGCAUUUCUCGGGGAAGAAACGAAGAUCUGACCUGUAG